AUGUUCAGGUCCAGCAUCGCAACCCAAAUACGCACUGGGGCGCUCAGGCAAUUCACAAAGCUUUCAACGGGGCCGUUCCCUGACCAUACAUUUGCACGUACCCGUGCCAUCCAAAUCAGACCUUAUGCUUCCUAUCGCCGUUUCAAUAAUUCAAAUGCGUCCACCAACAUCUACGAGUACUACUUGCAGCUUCUCACGAGCAGGAAGGCAUUAUACAUAGGAGGAGGUCUUUUGGGCUUUUACCUUAUCAAUCUUCAUGAGGCACCUUUUACCCAUAGACUUCGAUUCAUUUGGAUUCCGUUUUGGAUUGAAACCAGGAUUGGCGACUAUAGUUAUAGACAAAUUAUGUCGCAAUAUGGCUCGAUGAUUUUGCCUCACCUGAAUCCCCUUUACGGACGGAUUUCCAACAUUAUGAAUAAACUACUCGCCACAGCGAUAGCCAACAACGAGGACCAGACUCAAAAGAGACAUUUGAAGGAAUUGCAUUGGGAGAUCAACAUCAUCCAAAAUGAUUCGCUUCCGCCAAACGCAUUCAUUUUGCCCAACGGAAAGAUUUUCAUAUUCAGUUCCAUCUUGCCAAUCUGUGAGAAUGAUGACGGAUUAGCAACGGUGUUAUCCCAUGAAUUAUCACAUCAAUUAGCUCAACACUCGAGUGAGCAAUUGAGCUCACAACCUUUUUAUAUGGUGUUAUCGGGAGUGCUUUACUCAUUAACCGGAGUAUCAUGGUUCAAUGAUUUGUUAAUCAAUGGCUUAUUCACUAUGCCCGCGAGCAGGGAGAUGGAGACGGAAGCGGACCAUAUUGGAUGCGAAAUAUUGGCAAAAAGCUGCUUUAAUCCUGACCAAUCAAUACAAUUCUGGGAAAGAAUGGGAAGAGAAGAACAAAGGUUGUCCAAGCAAAUGGGCGGAGGAGGAGCAGCGAAUUCGGUUUUGGGACAGUGGUUUUCUACUCAUCCAGCCACCACGAAGAGAAUCCACGACAUUGAAAAUUGGUUGCCCAAGUUGAGAGAAAUGCGAGAGAGCAGUGGCUGUUAUGAGUAUGGAAGGUUCCAUGACUUUAGUGCCAACUAUUUCAAGAGACAGUAG